AUGUUUCAAUGCAUGAUACUCAAAAAAAGCUGGUACAACAUUUCGUCCAGUCUCUAUUACAAUCACCUGGUUUUGACACAAGAAAAUCUGUUAAUGUUGGAGUCCCUUUUAUUUAAAACUGAAGGCCCCGAUGAUGCCAAUUUGAAAAGCCAUGGUUAUCUUGUCAAAACAUUGACUAUCCACAAUGACAAUCCAAGCAUGCUAAAGAAUCCCCAUAAGCUUUUGGGUACGAUCGUCUCUUAUUUCCCAUUUAUAAAGUGUUUAGAUGUAUCUCAAAGCAAUGAUCCCGUACCUUAUCUACACAACUUGACUCAUAUCAAAUCAGGAACAGCCCUGAACAUUUUGGAGGAAAUCAGAGUGUUUAGUAAGCAUACUUUGUCUCCAGUAAACAGCACCCGUGUCAAAGAUUACUAUCUCGGUGCUAUUUAUACGUUUCGAAUGACUUUAAGACACAUUGAACUGUUAGACCCAAUCAAAAAAUUUAAUGUUGGUGAUCAACGAGGUUUGAACUAUUUGCAAGUAUUAGCCAUGUUUAGAAAACUAUCCCAUUUGACGCUACACUACCACACUGAAGAUAGAAUUAACGCACUGUCAAUAUACGCCGAGGUCUUUACAGCUUGUCCUAAAUUGCGUUCUUUUGACUACAUCUGUGACGGCAUGAAAGAUACCAUGGCAUCACAUUUGAAGCAUCACCCAUCGUCAUGUAUCAAUAAAGUUCCCAUUAAAAUAUAUCCUGACUUUAGAACCAACACCCAACUGAAUUCUUUGUCACUCUCCUUGCCUUCGCUAGACAAGCACCAGAUGAAAUAUAUCACAGAAGUUGUUCCUACUGCUCAAAUGGAAAAAUGUGAGAUCUUGUUAGACCAUGUUGACACCUUCAAAUACUGGGCCGGUGAAAUCAAUAUGCAAAAAGUCAAGAGAUUUGGACACCAUUUAAGUCUAGCCAAAAACCUAGUCAUUCGUGUCAAACAAGGUUAUACCAACCUUAAUAAGCCCAUCAGAUUAGUACAUCAAUCAAAAGAGGUUAAAAAUGAAAUUCAGAAGGAGAGCCUCGUCAAGUUUUUGCAUGCUUUACAAGGCAACCGUAAAUUCGAUCAAUAUAAAUUGAAUGUUGAAUUAGUUGUCAGAAAGAAAGAACAUGAUUUCCAACAAAUAUCAGAAAUCAAUACGAUUAUAACGAACGACUCAUUGUCCUUCCACCAAACCAUUGAUACCGACUACUUUUGUAAAACAAAACACAACAUAUUAACCACCAAUUUUGCUGAUGGUCAACUUUUAUCUACCAAAAUUAGGCAUGUAACCAUCCGUGUCGCGCGAAACGAUUUGUCCAAGGUCUUGAAGUUUGUUCUAAAGCAUUGUAAAAAAGCUGAAACAAUUGUUUUAAUUGUUGGAAGAUCCCAAAGAGAAAUGACCAUUAAUAUUCCCGAGCAAAAGAAAGUCAAAGUGUUUGGUAAAACUCAACCCAAGUCCAUGAUGUUGAACAUUCAUUUUGGCACAGUCAGUCAAGCACUUUUAUACGAGCUUAUCUCUUUAAUGCCUGGUCUCAACAAACUGGUAUUACAGGGAAUCGAUGAGGAGAAUUUGACAGAGUCCUUACUUGACUUUAUCAAGGCAAGACGUUUAAAAGAGCUCGUAUUUGAAUUCGUUAUAGGUGAUCAGGAAGAGUCGCCUUUCUAUAUAAAGAUGGGAUUUUACAACACAAAAGCCAAGCGUGAAGAACGAGACUUUAGAUGUCUUGUAGGAAACAUACAACCAGCAAAUAUUCCUGAGGAAACAGUGUGUUUACCCGAAUUAACUAUUUGGCAUACAUCGAUUGAAAGAGUUACCAUGAUCCAUAACGGAAGAGCGCUCAAAGUCUUGGCUCCUCCUCUUUCAGAGAAAGGGUUCUUUAAGAAAAAUAACUUUACUUUAUUUGGAUCUCAAGGAGACCAAAUACUAAAAGGAUUUAGUGGGUGCUUUAGGUUGUAG